GACAGAGAGGGAGGAGGGAGAGAGAGAGCGCUUCUCCGUACAGUCACAGUGAACUGCGGGGGCCGACGGACGGUCCUCGAGAGCGGAAAGCGCCUCUAACCACGAUUUAAGUCCAUCUAAUAUUGACUUGAUCUCCUUUCCGCGUACUUUCCUCCGGGAUUCGACGCUGUGAACUUUUCUGACGAUUCUUCGCGAAGUUCUGGGCGCCAUUUCCCCGUCCUCCGCCAUGGACAGCUCGGGGAGCUCCUGGCCGGCUUUCACUCACUAGUCACGGGGACACAAGCGUCCAAGCCGCCCCGGGGGAAGCGACUUUUCCCAACUAAAUGUUUGAUGAAGUGCUCGGAAGUUUCACUACAUUCUCCGGAGCGGUGGAUUUGUUGGUUCCGAGCGCGGCUAGACACUCGCGGUUCCCAGUUGCAGACGAGAGCGGUGUUCGCUGGUGACGUCGCGGGAACAUGGAGACUGUAAGCCGGCAGAGCUUCCAGCCUCACCCGGGACUGCAACAAACUCUCAAGCAGUUUCACCUCAGCUCUAUGAGCUCCCUCGGCGGACCGGCCGCCUUCUCCGCCCGCUGGCAGCAUGAGCUCCUCUUCAAGAAGGACGGGAAGGAACCGGAGCCGGUGCUGCAGCAUCUGCCGCCGCCCGUGAUGCCCGGCGGGCCGCUCUUCAUCCCGUCGGACCGCUCCACGGAGAGGUGCGAAACGGUCCUGGAGAGCGAGACCAUUUCGUGCUUUGUGGUCGGCGGGGAGAAGCGGCUGUGUCUCCCGCAGAUCCUCAACACGGUGCUGCGGGACUUCAGCCUGCAGCAGAUCAACUCGGUGUGCGACGAGCUGCACGUCUACUGCUCCCGGUGCACCGCCGACCAGCUGGAGAUCCUCAAAGUCAUGGGGAUCCUGCCCUUCUCGGCGCCGUCCUGCGGCCUCAUCACCAAGACGGACGCCGAGCGGCUGUGCAACGCGCUCAUCUACGGCGGAGCCUACCCGCCCCGCUGCAAGAAGGAGGCGAGCCACGGAGCAGCGCUAGAGCUGGAGCUCACCGACAGGAGCUUCAAGGUCUACCACGAAUGCUUCGGCAAGUGCAAGGGUCUGUUCGUGCCGGAGUUGUACGGCAGCCCCAACGCGGCGUGCAUCCAGUGCCUGGACUGCAGACUCAUGUACCCCACGCACAAGUUCGUGGUGCACAGCCACAAGGCGCAGGAGAACCGGACCUGCCACUGGGGCUUCGACUCGGCCAACUGGAGGGCCUACAUCCUCCUGGGCCAGGAUUACACGGGCAAGGAGGAGAAGAGCCGCCUGGAGCAGCUUCUGGACGAAGUCAAGGAGAAGUUUGAUUUCGCCAACAAGUACAAGAGGAAAGCCUCGUCCAGGGUGCCGGAUCCCGUCCCAAUAAAAAAGGCCAAACAUGAAGACGUCCCAGUACAAUCACCUCUCGCUGACAAGGACAAGCAGCAUGAUUGGCUACAGUCACUGUCCACCUCCAAUAAGGGGCUCAACUGUAUUCCACCCAGACAGAGACCAUCGGCUUUUAGACCCUGGUCCCCACACAUCUCUGCUGGCGACAAAGAAACCUCCAGUCACCCAUUAGCUCUUCUAAGAGACAACUUCUACAACUACAAGAGCCUGGAGAACGCUGUGGCCCCCAAUGUUGCCCUCACACCGCUGCCCCUGGGAAAGGUGGGUCCAAUGUCCCCGUCGGUCCCCAGCAAGUCACACCCGAGCGCAGGGGAACCGCCAGGCGAGGGCGCCAACGCCGGCUUGAGAGCUCGCAAGAGGAGAGCUACGGGGGAGCCGCAGCCGUGCCCUUUGACCUCCCCGGCGAGCAAGCAGCCGUCGCCUCGGGAUGACAAAGACUCGGAGGUGGAGGUGGAGGUGGAGAGCCGUGACGAGUUCACCUCCUCGCUGUCCUCCCUGUCGUCGCCCUCCUUCACCUCCUCUGGCUCGGCCAAGGACCUGAGUUCGCCGGGCGCCCUCGGGCCUACCGGCGCCGUCGCGACUUCUGAGGGCGCCGCGGCCGUCCCCAUCUCGACCCCCGUCUUGACCCCUCCGGAACUUGGGCUGGAGUCGGAGCUGGAGAGCCUGAGGCAGGCGCUGGACAACGGCCUGGACUCCAAAGAGUCCAAGGAGAAGUUCCUGCAUGAGAUCGUGAAGAUGAGGGUGAAGCAGGAGGAGAAGUUGGGCUCCGCUCUGCAGGCCAAGCGCAGCCUCCAGCAGGAGUUAGAGUUCUUGCGGGUGGCGAAGAAAGAGAAACUGCGGGAAGCGACGGAGGCCAAGCGUAACUUGAGGAAGGAAAUCGAGCGCCUGCGAGCCGAGAGUGAGAAGAAGAUGAAGGAAGCCAACGAGUCGCGGGUUCGUCUGAAGCGAGAGCUGGAACAAGCUCGCCAGUUGCGGGUCUGUGAUAAAGGAUGCGAGGCGGGACGUCUGCGUGCAAAGUACUCUGCGCAGAUCGAAGACCUGCAGAUGAAGCUGCAACACGCCGAGGUGGACCGAGAGCAGCUGCGGGCCGACUUACUGCAGGAGCGGGAGGCCCGGGAGCACUUGGAGACCAUGGUGAAGGAGCUGCAGCGGCAACUUUGGCCCGGCGACAAAGACUUGACAGCCAAGGACAAGGAAGUGCAGUCCCAAAAGUGAAGCCAUUGUCGCCGAGCAGUCCCCCCCAAGUCCUCCAUCACUCACACACGCCGCAGACAGUUUGUCCCACAAGUCGUCCACAUGCUCACACCAGAGGACGGCAUGCGAAACUUUGACCGGGAAGGCGACAAAAUCCGCGGCGAGGAAGGACGUCAACUUAAAAGUGGUCUCGCACGCCUCACUGGCAGAAGUGGAAUCAUUGCACAUGACAAAAAGGAAAGGACGUCUGUGGUCAUAAAAGCUAAAAGACGAUCGUGUUUCCCGCAAAACCCUCCAUCUUUGUCCCCAUGGGGUUUGACACGACAUGGACUACACAGCGAUGUAACGAAAGAUACGUGAAAAUACAAACAAAUAAACUAUGUGCCGACAUGGCGUUUUUUUUCUUCUUGGUUUUUUUUUAGGGACGCCAUAAAAACUCAGAUUUUGAUUCCUGUUCAAGCAAACUUUUAAUCUUCUAAAGAUUUCAUAUUCCACACGUAAGCGUGGUCUUUUCAUCUUAUUUCAUGCACGUGAUGCAUUUAUUUUUGACAAUAUUCACUCCCUCCAGGAUUUCGCAGGCUUUUUUUUACGAUUGUCGUGGCCUAAAAAUGCCCGAAUUUACGGCAGUUUUUUAAGAAAAGUUGCAAUUUUAUUUUCAAUAACAUUGAAUCGACUUGUGAUUUUAUGAACUCGCUAUCAAUAUUUUAAGUUUUAGCAGUGUUUUUAACGUUUAACCUGAAAAAGCACAGGAUUUCACAACAAUUGUAAAAUACUGCAUUGAUGUUUUACUCCUUUCAUACCAUAGUAAAAACUAGAUGGCAGUAAAUGCACAUACUUUUCAAAUUACUGUACUGUUUUAAUUCAUUACAACUUAUAAUACAGAAAGAAACACCACCGAAGGCAUCCUUAAUGUCUGCUCUGUCGUCCACAAGUUGCAGACGUUCUCCGUGUAUGUUUUACACCUGAAAAGUGUAUCCAUCCUAAACAUUCAUUUAUGUUUCGAUACAUUCACCCCCGCACGCUAAGAGCAUCCGUGAACUGCUGAGAGCGAUCUACAGCGCUCAUUUUUGUUGGUAAACGAGAGACAACGAGAGAUUAUCAUCACACUCCAACAUCUCUAACAUGUUAUCUUUGCUUGGUCAGCAUUGCAAAUUAAAAUGUUUAUAAAUUGUCUUACCCUGGAUAAGUAAAGGUUGAAUAAAUAUAAAUACCCCGUUUCCAUAUGAGUUGGGAAAUUGUAUUAGAUGUAAAUAUAAACGGAAUACAAUGAUUUGCAAAUCCUUUUCAACCCAUAUUCAAUUGAAUGCACUACAAAGACAAGAUAUUUGAUGUUCAAACUCAUAAACUUUUUUUUUUUUUUGCAAAUAAUAAUUAACUUAGAAUUUCAUGGCUGCAACACGUGCCAAAGUAGUUGGGAAAGGGCAUGUUCACCACUGUGUUACAUGGCCUUUCCUUUUAACAACACUCAGUAAACGUUUGGGAACUGAGGAGACACAUUUUUUAAACUUCUCAGGUGGAAUUCUUUCCCAUUCUUGCUUGAUGUACAGCAUAAGUUGUUCAACCGUUGUGGUAUUUUAGGCUUCAUAAUGCGCCACACAUUUUCAAUGGCAGACAGGUCUAGACUACAGGCAGGCCAGUCUAUUAACCACACUCUUUUACCAUGAAGCCACAUUGAUGUAACACAUGGCUUGGCAUUGUCUUGCUGAAAUAAGCAGAGGCGUCCAUGAUAACGUUGCUUGGAUGGCAACAUAUGUUGCUCCAAAACCUGUAUGUACCUUUCAGCAUUAAUGGCGCCUUCACAGAUGUGUAAGUUACCCAUGUCUUGGGCCCUAAUACACCCCCAUACCAUCACAGAUGCUGGCUUUCCAGCUUUGCGCCUAUAACAAUCCGGAUGGUUGUUUUACAAUUUGAAAUGUGGACUCGUCAUCCCACAUAACACUUUUCCACUUUGUAUCAGUCCAUCUUAGAUGAGCGCUGGCCCAGCGAAGCCGACUGCGAUUCUGGGUGUUGUUGAUAAACGUUUUUUGCCUUGCAUAGGAGAGUUUUAACUUGCAUUUACAGAUGUAGCGACCAACUGUAGUUACUGACAGUGGGUUUCUGAAGUGUUCCUGAGCCCAUGUGGUGAUAUCCCUUACACACUGAUGUCGCUUGUUGAUGCAGUACAGCCUGAGGGAUCGAAGGUCACAGGCUUAGCUGCUUACGUGCAGUGAUUUCUCCAGAUUCUCUGAACCCUUUGAUGAUAUUACAGAUCGUAGAUGGUGAAAUCCCUAAAUUCUUUGCAAUAGCUGGUUGAGAAAGGUUUUUCUUAAACUGUUCAACAAUUUGCUCACGCAUUUGUUGACGAAGUGGUGACCCUCGCCCCAUCCUUGUUUGUGAAUGACUGAGCAUUUCAUGGAAUCUACUUUUAUACCCAAUCAUGGCAGCCACCUGUUCCCAAUUUGCCUGUUCACCUGUGGGAUGUUCCAAAUAAAUGUUUGAUGAGCAUUCCUCAACUUUAUCAGUAUUUAUUGCCACCUUUCCCAACUUCUUUGUCAUGUGUUGCUGGCAUCAAAUUCUAAAGUUAAUGAUUAUUUGCAAAAAAAAAAAAAAGUUUAUCAGUUUGAACAUCAAAUAUGUUGUCUUUGUAGCAUAUUCAACUGAAUAUGGGUUGAAAAUGAUUUGCAAAUCAUUGUAUUCCGUUUAUAUUUACAUCUAACACAAUUUCCCAACUCAUAUGGAAACGGGGUUUGUACAAAUACAUGUAAACUAGGAAGUAAACGUGUUUAUACUACAUAUCCAGAAGGCUUAGCGCUGUAGACAGGAGCAGGAAGUAGGUCUGAGCUACAACAUUUGAGCCAUUUUAUAAAUAAAUAGAUUUCUUGUUACAGGUGGCAGUUCAGGAAACAAACCUAAGUUUUAACAAAUUCGAUUGGUCGAGGCGUGCAUCCGAUAAAAAAUUGCGAGGCUCAUAAUACACGUUAAAUUUGCGUUAAAUCAGCACAAUUGCGCCGAUUCCUGGAGGGACUGAAUUAAUCGUCACGUUCAACAUUUUGAGUGUAUGGGUCACCCUUGGCAAGAAACAAAUGUUCAGUAAAUUAAGGUAUGUAAAUAUGAUUACUAUUUCUCCGACUUCAUAAUGAAUCGCACUUUGUCCUAACAAAAUACAGUUUUUUAUGUUAAUGUACUCUCACUAUUGUCUCUCAAGCUUUUUUUGGAAAACGUCUCAUACAUGAAUGCUACCGUAUAAAUCCAGUUAACAUUUUGUUGCUUAUAUGCAUUCUCGAUGAAAUAUUGUUAUGUUUACUUAAGGCAAAGUAUUGUAAAUAAACGCAACGAAAAAGAAGGCUCUACCUGUUCCUGGCUGACGUAGUUUGGAAACAGGUCGGGAUCGACGGCGGUGCGCCCAAACAUGAAAACGAUGACAAAUCAAGCGGGAAACUUCGAAGGAAUGAGUGGCGUUUUUGAUGUCAUGUUUUCAUAUUUUGUGGCCUUCAAAGUCGCUUUUAUGGACGGUGUCUCUUCUCUUUACUAUCAGAUACCUAAACGAGGAAACUCUUUGGUUUGUUUCCAUUCAGUAUCAAUCAUCCUCGGUACAGUAGGGCGAGUUCUUAAAAAAAAGAGCCUACACAAUCAAAUUAACUUUUAUGAAUUGGAUUUUGUUUAACGAAUCAAACAGGACAUAUUGGCAGGAAUAUGCCGUGGCAGUUGGGUACAAUGCAAUCAAGAUGUACAUGAUGUUAAUGCUUUGAUUGAUAAUGUUUUUAUUGCUUGUCUGUUUUUAGUUUUUUUUCCCGAUUAAAAAAAAAAAAAUUUUUGUUCAUGCAUGAAAUUUGAGAAGAGGUUUGCCAUUCAUAUCGUCAGUUAUGGGGCAUUUAUACUGUACAUACAAUGGGGUUUUAUCGUCUUAUGCAAUUUGUCUUGACCAGGAGGAGGAAAUGGUGAUUAAAAGCAGCAAACUGUAAACACAUGAACAUAAAUACACACACACAUAUAUAUGAAAUAUAUUUCAAAUGAAAUGCUGGACAAGCCCAAGUGCCUGACACCGGCAAAAAUAGGUUUCCAGAAAAGACGAUUGAAGAAAAAGGAUUAAACUUCUUCAUUAAAUGUAAACAUAAAUAAGGCCCAUCCCUCUCACUGGAACACGUGACAGGUCCCCCACUAAAAUAUUGUACUUUUUGUUCAUUUAAAAUAUGCAUGUACAAAGUAUUUUCUAGAAGAUCUUUAAAAAAAAUAAAUUUCCUUUGUACAUACAGACUUUGUGAACUUGUGGCCUCGAUGAACGCAUGUGGAGCAUUAUAAAGAUGUUAUUACUGUUAUUAUGAUGAAGGUCAAAUUCCCUUUAGGAUAGAUAAUGCCAUUGGGAGUGCAAACCCUAGAAUACCUGCAGGUUAUUAUUAUUAUUAUUAUUAUCAUCAUUAUUAUGGGUAUUGAAAGGUGGCUUCCAAUCCAACGCGCCGCUGCCACUUCGGCACGCCUACAAAUUGGUACAUUUUGUAGUGUUUUUUUUUACACUCUAAAAAGCUUGUGUGUAGUUUUCUUUACGCAUGUUUUUCUAUAAAUGAAAGGUUACAAAAAACAGACAAAAAAAAGGUUUUCUAAAGGAUUUUGCGAGCAAUAACGGUCUGUAUGAAUAAAUACUUGCCAGUGUGACGAUUUGAAUACAAAUUUAAAAAAAUGUACAUAUGUUUUUCAUGUACAUUAUUGUAUAAUAUAUGUACAUGGUGGCUGUUUCCUUUUUGCAGAAUGAAAUCUUUUCUUACAAUAGUUGUUUUUAUUUUGCUUUUUCUUUUUAAAACAACUCAUGCAGUGUGUAAGAGAAUAUUCCAAACAAGAUAACCCCCCCUUUUUUUUUUUUUACUGUAGAUUCUUUGUAUGGCUUGUUCUCCAGCCGUUCAUUUUGGUAAAUGUAUAUUUUAUUUGUUGUUGUAUGUUGGUUAUACUCUCUGCCACACACCAGGACGACGUCUUAAAGAUUGUUUCAUCAUCUUCAUGUUUCUGUUUAGCCCUGUGCUGCUGCUAACGCAAAAUCAAACACUUGGAGAAAUGUUUAUUAUGUCAGAAGAAGUUUUCCCGUUUCUGAAUAUUACAUAUGCAGUAUGAAAAGCUCAGCCGACUUGUUCGUCUUUCUCAACCUUCUUCCAUGCGCACCUCUCUCUCUCUCUCUCUCUCUCUCGCACGACACUGACUAUAUUGUAAAGUAAAUGACUUUAUGAGAUUAUGUUUGAAGAUAGUUACGCUGAUAUAUACGGUGACUGAAUGUACAGUGUAUAGAUGCAUUACCAGAAAUAAAGUUGUUUGUCCA